AUGGCCUGUGUUCUGCUCUGCAGACUGAUUUUACUUUCAGUCCUGGCAGUCUUUUCCCAAGGCAAGCGCCUGGGCCCUACAUCUCUCCUCCGUUAUUCCAGGUUCCUAGAUCCUUCCCAUGCUGUUUUUCUGCGCUGGGAUUUUGAUUAUGAGGCUGAAAUCAUCACAUUUGAGCUCCAAGUCCAAACAACUGGCUGGGUUGGCCUGGGCAUUACAAAUCGCUACACCUUUGUGGGAAGUGACCUAGUAGUUGGAGGAGUCCUUCCUGAUGGCAAUGUCUACUUUUCGGAUCAGCACCUUCUGGAUGAAGACUCUCUAGAACCGGAUGGGAGCCAGGAUGCUGAACUACUAAAGCUCACAGAAGAUUCUGUCUCUACCACCAUGCGCUUUUCCAGGCCCUUCCGAUCAUGUGACCCUCAUGACCGAGACAUUACGAGUGACACCAUGAGGGUCCUGGCUGCCUAUGGUCUGGAUGACAUACCCAAGAUGAAUCCGGAGCGUACUUUUGUCAAGUCAAUCUUCUUGCUACAAAUGCUACAAUAUGAUGAUCAAGAUGCCCCUGAAGACACCAUCAUCCAUGACUUGGCAAUCAGUAAUUUCCUCAUUCCAGAGGAUGACACCACAUACGCCUGCACCUUCCUCCCGCUCCCUAUCGUCAGCAAGAAGCAUCACAUCUACAAGUUUGAACCCUUGCUAGUGGAACGCAAUGAGACAAUGGUGCAUCACAUCCUCGUGUACGCAUGCGGCAAUGCCAGCGUGCUUCCCACAGGCAUUGGUGAAUGCUAUGGGUCGGACCCUGCCUUCUCCCUCUGCUCCCACGUCAUCGCAGGCUGGGCUGUUGGGGGCCUUAGUUACCAGUUUCCAGAUGAUGUAGGCAUCUCCAUUGGAACCCCCUUGGACCCUCAGUGGAUUCGACUGGAGGUUCACUACAGCAAUUUUCAAAACCUUCCUGGUAUACAUGAUACCUCAGGGAUGCGGCUGUACUACACCUCACACCUUCGCAAAUAUGACAUGGGAGUCCUCCAGCUGGGCAUCUCAGUUUUCCCUAUUCACUUUAUACCCCCGGGUGCUGAGGCUUUCCUGUCCUAUGGGCUAUGCAAGACAGAGAAGUUUGAAGAGAUGAAUGGGGCCCCAGUACCUGACAUAUAUGUGUAUAGCUACUUGAUCCACACCCACUUAGCUGGCCGCUCCCAGCAAGCUGUGCAAUACAGAAAUGGAACCCAAGUCCAAAUAAUAUGUAAAGAUUAUUCUUAUGACUUCAAUCUGCAAGAGACACGAGACUUACCUCAUCCUGCAGUGAUCAAACCGGGGGAUGAGUUGCUGAUAGAAUGUAACUACCAGACGCUGGAUCGUGACUCCAUGACUUUUGGAGGUGCCAGCACCAUUAAUGAGAUGUGUCUCGUCUUCUUCUUCUACUAUCCCAGAAUUAACAUCUCCAGUUGCCUGGGAUACCCUGACAUUAUCUAUGUGACUAAUGAGCUGGGAGAAGAAGCAUCAGAGAAUCCCAUGGAGAACCUGAUGGUCCUAAAUAAUGUUGAAUGGACUCCAGAGAACAUUAAGAAAGCUGAGAAAGCCUGCAAGGAGUCCCAGCAGACAGUGUUGAUCAAGACCAUUGAUGAAGAAGUAGAAAAUACAACAGGUUGGAUUCCUGAUAUUAUCCCAACUCCUCGAGGGCCGUGCUUAGAGUCCUCUGGAGGCAAAGUGGAACCUGGGGACAAGACCCCUGCAGGCUUCAGGGCUGCGCCAAUGGUCCUCUCUGGUUCCAAUACUGCUACCCUGAGGCACGUGCCCCUGGUUACUAUCUUGUUCCUGCAGGGGACAGUCUCAUGGCUCCUUCCCAUGCUGCAGACUGGAGUAUGA